AUUAUAUUUAUUUCCAUGUUAUUAUUUUUAUAUUGCAAGUAUAAAAUUGAAUUUAUAUUAAUUAAAAAAGCAAUUCUCUAUAUAUUUUUAUACGAUUAUAAUUUAUUUUAUUUUUUUUAUAGAAUUGAUGAUAUUCAAGAUAAUUCCAUUUUGCGAAGAGGUAUUCCUGUUGCUCAUUCUGUUUAUGGAAUUGCUAGCUCACUAAGCGCUGCAAAUUAUAUAUUAUUUAUCGCUAUGGAAAGAGUUGUCAAUUUGCAACAUCCUGCAGCAAUACAAGUGUAUAUGGAACAAUUAUUGGAACUUCAUAGAGGUCAAGGAAUGGACAUUUUUUGGAGGGACAAUUUCAUCUGUCCAAGUGAGGCAGAUUAUAAAACUAUGACAAUAAAAAAAACUGGUGGUCUCUUUAAUUUGGCAGUAAGAUUAAUGAAAUUAUUCUCAAUUUAUGAAGAAGAUUUAUCAUCGUUAAUAGCCAUUUUGGGUUUGUACUUCCAAAUACGUGAUGAUUAUUGCAAUUUGUGCCUUGGUGAGUAUACGGAAAAUAAGAGUUAUUGCGAGGAUUUGAGUGAAGGCAAAUUCAGCUUUCCCAUUAUUCAUGCGCUUACAACGAAUCCUGAUGAUAGGCAAAUAAUAAAUAUUCUGAGACAACGAACCAAAGAUAUGGAGGUAAAACGUCAUUGCAUUAAAUUGCUAGAAAAAUUUGGCUCUUUCAAGUACACAAGAAGUGUUCUUGAAGAGUUGGACAUGAAAGCGAGGGCUGAGAUUGGACGUUUAGGAGGCAACCCACUUUUGAUAAAAAUUUUAGACGAGCUCAAGAAUUGGGAUACUAAAGAAGCACCCAAAGAUCUUUUGACUGGAACAUUUUAAAUUUAAGAGAAAAAGAUAUAUAUGUCAACUUUGUGUAUUUCUUUAUCAUUUUAUGUAAAACUGCAAGUUUUCAUAGUGUUACCAAUUGAAAGAUUUGGUAUUGAUGGCAAAAGAGAACAAGGGAUGAUCACAUGAAAAAAAUGAUAUAUGGAACAAUUUGUAAAAAAUGCAGAAUAAAAUUUCUUGUUAGGAAGCUUCGUUUUAUGAAAAGAAAAAAAGUAUUAUAAAUAAUAGUUUGUGCAUGUGGGAAGCUAAAAAAUAUUUAAUAUAUUUUUUUUAUAUUUUAAUGUAAAAAUUGUGGUAUUUUUGUUGCGUUAAAAACUAUGCUGUACAAAUAUAAUCCUGAUCUCUUGUUAAAUGUAUUUUAAGUCUUUGACUCUUCAAAUGCUGACAGUGUUAACACUUCUGGAAUUCUCGAAAUAAACUAUUGACGUCAACAAAUCUUUUAAAUAAAAAUCAAGAUAUGUGACGAAUUUAAUAA